AUGCCUUUGGGCGAACUCCAGGGUCGUCAGGAGCCCCUGCCUGCGGUCAACCAGGCGGUGCGGCGGCGUUUUUCUGGACCGCUGCUACUGCCUCCUCUGUGGAGGAGACACUCCUGCCAGGAGCACCCAUGUGACAACCGGCGGCCGUCUGCAACCCUCGGCCUGCCUCUGGACCGACUGGAAGUGUUGUACAGACGCGCACUGGCCAGUCAUGAUGAACGCAGUUUUGAUGUGGAGAAUGGCCUGUCGGUGGGUCGCAGUCCACUGGACUCCCAGACGAGCCCGAGUUCUGGUCUGGUACUUCAAGCCAACUUUCCCCACAGCCAACGGCGCGAGUCCUUUCUCUACCGCUCCGACUCAGACUUCGACCUUUCACCCAAAAACAUGUCCCGCAACUCGUCCACUGCCAGCGACCUGCAUGGAGAAGACAUGAUUGUGACUCCAUUUGCACAGGUUCUUGCCAGUCUACGAACAGUGAGAACUAACUUUGGUGUUCUGACACAUCUGCAAGAUCGUGUAGCAAACAAGCGUCCGUCAAGCAGCAACCAGCCGCCCAUGUGUAAGCCAUGUCUGACAGAGGAGCCCUAUCAGAAGCUGGCGGUGGAGACAUUAGAGGAGCUGGACUGGUGUCUGGACCAAUUGGAAACGCUGCAGACGAGGCACUCAGUCGGCGAGAUGGCGUCCAAUAAGUUUAAGAGGAUGCUGAACCGCGAGCUGACGCAGCUAUCAGAGACGAGCCGCUCAGGGAAUCAGGUGUCAGAGUUCAUCGCCAACACCUUCCUAGAGAAACAACAUGACGUGGAGAUCCACUCUCCAACUUCUAAGGAGAAGGAGAAGAAGAAGAGGCCAAUGUCACAGAUCAUUGGUGUGAAAAAGGCCACACAGAGUCCGAGCUUAGCACCCGCCUGCAUCCCCCGCUUUGGAGUCAGCACACCACACGAGAGCAUGCUGGCCAAGGAGGUCGAGGACAUUGAUCGUUGGGGUCUGGAUAUAUUCAAGAUAGCAGAAUUUUCAGGAAACCGCCCUCUGACGGUGAUCAUGUACUCCAUCUUCCAGGAGCGAGACCUUCUGAAAACCUUUAAGAUCCCAAGUGACACCUUUAUCACCUUAAUGAUGACCUUGGAGGACCACUACCAUGGAGACGUAGCUUAUCACAACAACAUUCAUGCAGCUGAUGUGGUGCAGUCCAUCCACGUCCUCCUGUCCACCCCGGCUUUAGAGGCGGUGUUCACAGACCUGGAGAUCAUGGCUGUUCUGUUUGCCAGUGCCAUCCAUGAUGUCGACCACCCAGGAGUCACCAACCAGUUCCUGAUAAACACCAGUUCAGAGCUGGCACUGAUGUACAACGACGCCUCGGUGCUGGAGAAUCACCACCUCGCUGUGGGCUUCAAACUGCUGCAAGAAGACAACUGUGACAUCUUCCAAAACCUCAGCAAGAAACAGAAAGACUCUCUCCGAAAGAUGGUGAUUGACAUGGUGCUCGCCACAGAUAUGUCCAAGCACAUGAAUUUCCUGGCGGACAUGAAGACAAUGGUGGAGACCAAGAAGGUGACGAGUCUCGGAGUCCUGCUGCUAGACAACUACUCCGACCGCAUCCAGGUUCUGCAGAACAUGGUCCACUGUGCCGACCUGAGCAACCCAACCAAACCGCUGGAGCUUUACCGCAAGUGGACGGACCGCAUCAUGGUGGAGUUCUUCACCCAGGGAGAUCGAGAGCGGGACAAAGGCAUGGAGAUCAGUCCCAUGUGUGACAAACACAACGCCUCCAUAGAGAAGAACCAGGUGGGCUUUAUCGACUACGUUGUCCACCCUCUUUGGGAGACAUGGGCAGACUUGGUGCACCCUGACGCCCAGGACAUCCUGGACACUCUGGAGGACAACAGGGAGUGGUAUCAGAGCAUGAUCCCCCGCAGCCCGUCGCCCUCCAGCCCAGAGGAGCACCAUCUGGAGGUGAUGCCAGGAGGAGGAGCUGUGGGAGCAGGAGGGGCUGUCCCUUCAGGAGGAGGAGGAGGGGACAAGUUCCAGUUUGAACUCACGCUGGAGGAAGAAGAGGAGGAUGAUGAGGAGAUUGAGUCUGACCUGGAGAGCCCCUUAGAGGGGGAGUCCCAGUCGGGUGGGGAGCAGCACCGGGACUCCUCCUCCCCGUCUUUGUCCCCAGACCCCCGCAGCAGCAGCAGCAGCAGCAGGUACCGCCCCCCUUCGCCUCACCCGUCACGGAACCUGAAUCUGGCUGCCAUGUCGGUGCGGAGCCCCCACAGGACGCUGGCCUCCACGGGUCGGGAAGGCGCCGUCAUGGACAGAGAACUGAGCCAGGAGGGCGACGGGGUGGCGUGCCUACGUAUGGGCACGUAACAACCAGCACAACCUGCCCCGCCUGACGGACACGAGUAAGGAUUAUGGAGACAAGGAGGCAGGGCAGGCCUUAAUUAACAAAGUCUGUAAAAUCACUACAGUCCCUUUACACUGGAGACACCGGCUCUGGAGAACAGAGGGACGUUUCCCCUCUGCUCUAUUUUAUAUUCUAACAAGAAGAAUCCUUUCAGCCUCUCUCUGGGUGCCUGAUUGACCUUUGUGUCCCGUCCUGCUUUCGUUGUAGCUUGAGUUUAGAUCGUCUCUGACAAAGACUGCUGCAAUUUAACUGGGAAGAAGAGCGGAGCCAAGGCGAGAUUCUCUAGCAAGAACAAAAGGUAAAGGAAAUGUCUUCCUCCAAAAUAACUGUUUAUGACAUUCAGACAUGAGAAUGAGGAUCGCUGUGGUCUGACAGGGUCUUGAAAUUAUUUUGCACCAUAGUUUUGAUUUAGGACUUCAAAUUACUGAGUCCGGAUGAAAUAAGUGAGUAUGAAUUAUUUUGUUUGAGAAUGAUGUGAGAGAUGAAUCAUUUUACCAAAUACAUGAUGUAGUUGAGAGAAAAUUGAUGGACCUAAACCUCAGGGUAUGAAGAGAAACAUAAAUCUAAUGUAGCACGGAUAUAGUGGGUAACCCUCACCUUGACCCUUGAAACUGUCUUUCCUGUUUGAUUUACCUCCAAACCAGAGACAACUGAGACUUUGUUUAACCUGUGUGUCUUUUUACAUUUAAUUAAGCCCUUUAAUAGAACAUUUGGCAUCUGAAGCAAUCAAACAUUAUGUAUUUAAACCAGCUUGUAGCACCACAGCGAUUAAACACUGAAGCAGACUGGGCCCCAGUCUCACAUGUUGAAAACACAAAAGACACCACC